GAAGAUGGUAUGUUGCAGCGCCAGAAAUAUAUCAAUUGCGCGAAUCAUGACGUGAAUGGUGAAGCUCCUGUGGAACCAAGCGACAAGCAUUCUGAUUUUGAAGAGAAAUUAUGUGUGGCAAUCAAGGAGUUCAUGAAUCAUAAGUUAGCAGAUGGGAAACAUCUUACGGAAGAUCAGAAAGUCCACCACUUCAAAGAGCUAAUGGAUGCGCUCGAGGUCUUAAGUUCAGAUGAGGAAUUGUUUCUGAAACUUUUGCAGGAUCCAAACUCACUGUUGGCAAAACAUGUCCAAAAGUUCCAGGAUGCUCAGAUAGAGAAAGAUGAAGAAUACGCUUCCUUUGCAGAGUCCAAGUUGUCGGAACAGAAGCUUGGUGAUGUAAAACAAUCUGAGGAGCUUGUCAACCGUAAACAGCGGUACUUUUUCAGGAGAAAGGUCAAGCCUCAGGAAAGAAACCCAAGUAAGGAAAAUGAGGAUUCUGAAGCUUCAAAGAGAAUCGUCAUUUUGAAGCCUGGGCAUCCAGUGUUACGAAAUUCUGAAACUGGAGAUAGUGCAUCCCCAGAAUCCCAUAACAUUGUAAGAAAUAAAGGGCCAAGUGAAAGAGUUGGUUCCCACUUUUUUCUCUCAGAAAUAAAAAGGAAACUAAAGAAUGCAAUGGGAAAGCAACACCAUGGGGCAUCUACUGUUGGAAGUUCAAACAGAUUGCCUUAUGGGCGUCAAAAUUCGGGAGGUAGUGACAAAGGAAUUGGUAAGGAAAAACUUAGAAGUUCCCCUGGUAAAGAGCAUUUCUACAUUGAAAGAAUUGCUAAACCUUCCGGUGGUAUCAAGAGGGCAGAAAAGACUGGGAAAGUGAAAGAACCUGAAGUAAGUUUGAAACAUGAAAAUCAUGGUCUUGCGGAUGAAAGGCUAUCUAACCUCUACAUUGAGGCCAAGAAGCAUCUCUGUGAGAUGCUGAGUAAUGGAGAUGAAGGUGUAGAUAUAUCAAGACAGCAGUUUCCUAAAUCCUUGGGAAAGAUUCUUUCUCUUCCUGAGUACAACGUUUCUCCUUUUGGCAGUCCUGGAAGGGACUUGGAGCAUGGCUUUGUUACCGCACAGAUGAGAUUGUCUGCUUAUGACAAACUUUUGAAGGCCAAUGAGAAUACAUUGUCUCCUAAGCAAGAGAAAAAUGCCAGCCCUCUUGGUGAGGUAGUACACAACUUAGGGAGUCUGCCGUCUAAUUCUGACAAUAACCCUGAUGAUAAAGUACAGCCUUCUAACUCAAUACCAAGCAUCUCAGAUAAUCUGAUUCAAGAUAAUGAAGUGGAAGAAGCCCAUCCUUCCGUCGUAGAUAAGAAGAAUUCUGAAGGUGUCGAGAUUAAAAAUGGAAAAGAAAUCGUUGCUUGGGAAGAAGAAAUCAUUGCUUGGGAAGAAGAAAUUGUUGCUUGGGAAGAAGAAAUUGUCUUGGAUGCCCUCUCUGAACUAAGUGGUUCUUCAAUCGCCAUAAAUGACCAAAAUGAUGAUAAAAGAAUUUCGGAAUGCUUACAACAGAAUUCAUAUGACGAAAACCCGCAAUCUUCUUCAUUAGCAUCCCCUUCCAGCUCUUUAACCACCAAGCAUGUUGAGGAUUUAGAAAGUGGUAUAGAUACACCAGAGCGGCCAAGUCCUGUUUCAGUUCUGGAGCCACUAUUCACAGAGGAUGAUAUCAGCCCCGGGAAAACCAUUUCUCGGUUUGGAGAGCUACAACCACUAAGGAUCGAAUUUGAAGAUUAUGACCCUUCAGCUGCAGAGCAAGCUAACAAUGCAAAAACCUGUACAGAAGACAAGGAACUAAUGUUUGAUUUUGUAAAAGCAGUCAUGCAAGCCUCUGUCUUCAAUUGGGAUGACUUCUGUAUGAAGUGGCUUUCUUCUGACCAAAUUAUUGAGCCAUCAUUGUGUGAUGAGGUGGAAUUUUUUCCUAACCAGCUUUGCUAUGACUCGAAGCUCCUUGUUGACUGUAUUAAUGAAGUUCUACUGGAGGUUUGUGGGCGUUAUUAUGGUUGCUUCCCUCGGAUAUCAUCUGCGAAACCUAGUAUAAGACCAGUACCAGAUAUGAAAACUGCUAUAGAUGAGGUCUGGAUAGAAGUUUAUUGGCAUCUCCGUCCUCUUCCAUUGCCUCGUACUUUGGACCAGAUUGUCACAAAAGACAUGUCAAGACCUGGAACGUGGAUGGACCUUCGGUUCGAUGCUGAGACCAUUGGUGUUGACAUGGGUGAAGCCAUUCUCCAAGAAUUGAUGGAAGACACCAUAUUAAGCUAUGUAGAAGGAAGUCUCGGAAGUGAAGAUGUUUCAGUUAAAUCUGAAUCAAAUGAAACAGAGAGCAUUCUCAACUUAUAGAACACAGUCUGACUUCGAUUUGUCUUUAUCAAAUGCCAAGCCACCUUCUUGCUGAGGCAGUUGGAAAGCAAGUCAUAUUUGUGCUUCCAGAGGGUGAGAAGCAACAUUUUAGCUUUCCUGGAGUACCAUGGAUCCGGUAUGAACUGGAUUUGCAACUUUGUUAACUGAAAUCAUGUAGAUAGUAUAGAAUCUGUUACAUGUCAAAACUAAGGAUCGGGGGCAUCUGGAGCAGCAGUCAGUCACCUGAAUGAAAGCCCUUGAUAGCUAGGGAGCAGAUAUCUGGUCUGCAAAUUCUCCUUGCAAGAACUCUGGCACUUCUCUGCAAGUCGAUUAUACAAGACAGAUAAGAACAGGUACCAUUUCUGAGUCGUCAUCUGUGUCAACCGCCGAGGCGGUAAUGUAGAGAGUUGAUCUUAUAAGUGUAGAUUUAUAGAGGGUUGGAGUGUUUAGUUGAGAGUUGUUGAUUUCAUUCAUUGUCAAUUGUGUUACCUUGUUCUUUGUAUUUGGUGUUGUAUUUGAAAGCGUCGGAGUACAAGAAGUUGUAGGUUGUGUAGUUCCAAAAGAAAAAAACAAGUUGUGAGUUGUGAGUUGUGAGUCUUGUGACUGACUAUUACUGGUGUUGUAAUUAGUAAUUACAAAGAAAAUAAAGGAAGAUCAUGCUAGGUUUUGUUAUA